ACACACACACAUCUGUCAGGUUCGCAGUCUUCCAGCGCCCAGCUAAGCCAUCCCAGUAAACAAACAAAAGAGACCGAUCGACUGCACACAUUCACAGGCGGUUGUCAUGGCGAAGUUUGCAGUUGCUGGACCACAUCUGGCAGUCCUGCUGGUGGUGUUGCGGGUAGCUGGCGCCGCGCCUGCAGACGCCUCUUCCGAAGCGUCUCUCGAUCUUGAUUAUUACGACGACGACUUGUUUGUUCCCCCGACCAAUGAAGGAAAUUUCGACGUUUUCGACUGGCAACUCUGUAAGCACAUGGCACACGAGGAGACUGGGAAUAUGGUGGUGUCCCCGGUCAGCAUAAAGCUUCUGCUCGCCAUGCUGUACGAGGGGGCUGCGGGCAACACGGCCCUGCAGCUGGGGCAGGCCUUGAACCUUCCACAGAGGCUGGAGUCCCGUAAGAAGUUCACCGCCGUUCUCGACUCCUUACUGACGAAGAAGCCAGAGUACCUAUUGCACGUGGGAACAAGGAUGUACGUGCGUAAAGAUGUGACUACGAGACCUCGGUUCUCAAAGAUCUUGCAAAGCUUCUACAACGCAAGCAUCCAUAAUAUCGACUUCCAAGAGUCUUCAAAGGCAGUAGAGACAGUGAACUCGUGGGUCAGUGAGAUCACAAAUGGCAAAAUCAAAACCAUGUUCUCUGCAGAUACGGUAAACCCAUCCACCGUGCUGCUGUUGGUAAACGCAAUCUACUUCAAGGGGUUGUGGCGUUACCCGUUCAACGAGUCCUACACGCGGCCUGGCAAAUUCCAGGUGACUCCCAGCCAGAGCGUCACCGUUCCCUACAUGACCAUGGAACGCGAUCUGUACUGGACGGAGUCCGUGGAGCUGGAGUCCUCGAUACUGAGGCUGCCAUACAUGGGCAACAAGUACUCCAUGUUCAUCGUGCUACCGAACAAGCCAGACGGUCUGAACAAACUUGUGAACACUGCAAGCCCAGCCCUGUUGAGGAAUCAGCUGUUCCACAUGGUUAAGGGCAAAGUGGGAGUCAGACUGCCCAAGUUCAGCUUCGACUUCACGGCGAGGCUCGAGAAUUCCCUACAGGCACUCGGAAUCCGUGACAUAUUCAACGACAGUGCAGCUAAUCUCCCUGGAAUGACGCGAGAGAAAAGCCUGUACGUGUCCAAAGCCAUCCAGAAGGCGGGUCUGGAAGUCAACGAGAGAGGCACCACAGCAUUCGCGAGUACAGGUAUCCAGCUGGACGACAGGUUCGGGAGCGAAGUUACUUUCCACGCUACGCACCCGUUCAUGUUUUUUAUCCAGGACGAGACAAUGGGAACAGUGAUCUUCGUGGGGAAACUCACUAAUCCAAACACCGAACCCGGGUCCCUCAGAAACCCCGAUGAUCGGCCACGUGUUACUGACAAUGUGUCUGGACAGGGUUUACUGGAAAGUCGACUCGGUGCCGAAAACUCCCGCCAGCAAGUUCCUGACAAGCCACAACUAACCACACCCCGAUCACCGAAAAGAACAUUUAACCCCAUAUCAUCCAACACCAUAGAGGGACUCAUUCCCCACAAAGUUUGGGCAUACAUCUCCGAGCAUAUGUUCAAGCUACAGCGAAACGUCCAGUGAAAA